AUGGAAAGGGAAAUAUCCGAGAUAGCCGGAAGUCUUCGGCGCGUCGGUGGAACUGAUAAUAAUACGUCUUUUCACGAAGGGUCCUUCGAAUUUGAUAUUCCUAAGUUACCAAUUGAACGCAACGAAAUGAAGAACCAUCUUCUUUCGCGUCAACUCGCUCGUCCCGCACAUGGUGAUCAGCCAUCCCAUUUUCAAGCCUCUCCUAACCUAACACCCAAGGAGGCGCGUUUCCGCCUCUCACCCGUCCAAUUUGAAACUCCGUCAGAGCCGCUCACCAACGGUAACUCCUCGGGGGGUCUCAAAGAUGCCUCUUAUCUUAUCGCGCCACUCAAAACUUCUGAAGGUGACACAAAAUUCCAUGUCGAUGAAGAGGAUGAUCUACGCACAAACAAGGUGAUCCCUGAAGUCGUCAGGGCCUCACCGAUUCGGCAUCUUGUUGAGUAUCAACGCGUGUGCAUUGGUGAAGCCAAUACACCAGGCGUCACUGUGGACGAUCUACAGGAAGCUGCAGUGGCUCUCCUCAAGUCCAUGGAAUUGCGUGACAAGUACAUGAGGGCGUCUCUGCAAAAAAAUGGUCGGGUUGCCAAACGCUACCUCAGACUGGCACGCCUUGGAUCCAGGGAGGAGCUGCAGCCUCCGAGGGACGCUUUCUACUACACUACAUCUUCUUCCACUAGGGAUUACCCCGUCCACCCGCCGGAGAUAGAAGGUGAUCCAUUCGCUGUCAAGUAUUGGCCAGAAGCACUGCCCGCUGUAGUUUGUUUCCACAAAGGAAUCGCCAAGUUAGAACCGAUCUCUAAAGCCGGCCUUGCCAACACCCAAUUACCUCAACUUCCUUUUUUCACUCUGGAGGAUUUUAUUCGCGAUGAAAAGACCAUGCGGAUGUUUGUAGCUAAUGGACCGCUGAAAUCCUUCGCUUACCGUCGUCUCUGCUUUCUCAGUUCAAAGUUUGACCUGCAUGUACUCCUGAAUGCGGGUGGUGAGACGUUGGAGCAGAAAAAUGUACCACACCGCGAUUUCUACAACAUUCGAAAGGCAAGUCUCCUUGGCCGAAAUGGAGGUGGUGUGGACACACAUGUGCACGCCGCAUCUUGCAUGAAUCAAAAGCAUCUGCUACGAUUCAUUAAAAAGUGUAUGCGUUCGCGGGCGAAUGAAUUUGUGUGUUUGGAUAAAAAUACGGAAGAACCGAUCACUUUAAAGCAGCUUAUGGAGCAAUUGGGCAUUUCUCCAUACGACAUGAAUAUUGACAACCUCGACGUCCACGCAGAUCGAAACACCUUUCACCGAUUCGACAAGUUCAACGCCAAAUACAAUCCCAUUGGUCAGAGUCAAUUGCGAGAAGUCUUUCUAAAAACUGACAACUACUGCAAGGGCGCGUUCUUUGCUCACGUCCUAAAGGAGGUGUUUUCGGAUCUGGAGGAAUCAAAGUAUCAGAAUGCAGAACCGAGGCUAUCCAUCUACGGUCGCUCCCGUCACGAGUGGGAUGACCUUGCUAAGUGGGCCAUAGACUUUCGUGUAUACUCUCCCAACAUUCGGUGGGUCAUACAGGUGCCUCGACUCUACGACGUCUACAAGUCCAAGAAGGCUGUUGAGACCUUUCAGGAUAUGAUAGUCAACAUAUUCCAACCGCUGUUCGAGGUGACCCUAGAUCCUGCCUCCCACCCGGAGUUGCACGCCUUUCUUGAGCACGUGAGUGCCUUCGACUCCGUUGAUGACGAGUCUAAAGUUGAUCCCAUCCACUUCGACUACGGUGUGCCCACUGCGGAUCAGUGGAAUAGAAUAGAAAAUCCUCCCUAUACCUACUACAUUUUUUACAUGUACGCCAACAUUGCCGUGCUCAAUCAAUUGAGGCACCACCAAAAGUUGCACGUUUUUGCUCUUCGACCACACUGCGGAGAGGCGGGUAGCGUGAGUCAUCUGAUCUCUACCUUCCUAUUGGCUGAAUCAAUUAAUCACGGUCUUCUUCUGAGAAAGGCACCCAUUGGGUUGGCAAUGUCACCACUAAGCAACAACUCACUCUUCUUGGAGUACCCCCGAAAUCCCCUGAAGGAUUUUCUGGCGCGUGGGCUUCAUGUGUCCCUGUCCACGGACGAUCCGCUGCAGUUUCACUUUACCAAGGAGCCUCUCAUGGAGGAGUACAGCAUCGCCGCGCAAGUCUGGAAGCUUAGCUUUACUGACAUGUGCGAAUUGGCGCGCAACUCCGUCCUCAUCAGUGGCUUUCCCGAUGUGGUAAAGUCGCAUUGGCUUGGGUUGAACUACUGGCAAGAGGAGGAGGGUGUGGUCAGCAACGACAUCACGCGAACCAACUUGCCGAACAUUCGUCUUGCCUAUCGCUAUGAGACACUGACCCACGAGUUGCAUCUUCUGGUCACCGCAGCUUUGGAUGUCAAUAUCACUGACGACGGUGGUGGCAUAGGCUUCAAGAACUCCGACCUCUGUGCCUCCCCCCUCCAUGUAAUCCCAUCCAACCUUCUCCAAAUGAACCAUUUUGAUGAUAAUCACAGAUGUGGGGAUGGAUAUGAUGACGAUGAUGACGUCAACUAA